AUGCCUCAAACCUAUGUUCAUAGAUUAACGAAAUAUGUACACAUACAAGAUGAAUUGGCUCCAUCCCAAAAAACUAAACGUACCAUUUGCAGAGCCUGUGAAAGUAAUGAAAAACUCUUUGAAAAAGGAAGAAACGAAGCUUUAAGUACAAUUAAAGCAGUGAGGCAACAAAGUAAUAUAACUGGUUCUUCAACACCUGUUUCAACCCAAGUACAAGCGAAAAAUAGCACCUUAAAUAAUUUUGUCAUUCGUCUAUUAUUUGUUGAAAGUAAAGCUUUUCAUGAUUUUGUUUCUAUUUUUAAUUCUACAAUUAAAAUUCCAAACUGCCAAACGCUUAGCAGAAAAAUUCUUGUAGAAUAUACUGAAAGAUUAGAAAGUGCUUGGAUCACUACGCUUUUAGAAACACAAGAACCAGUUACAAUCAUGUUUGAUAGUUGGAAGAAUGUAUGCAAUCAAGAGGUUUUGGGUGCAAUUAUUCUUUCUUCAACCAACAAAAUAUAUAUAUGGGGUGCUGAAAAUAUAAGUAAUACUGGCCACAAAACAAUUGAUGUGUUAAACAUGAUUAAUGCUUUUUUAGAACGUGCAAAAAAUCAAAAUCUAAACAUAAUAGCCAUGGUGACUGAUAGUGCAUUAUUUUAUGUCUAA